CGAAAUUAACAUUUUAAAAAGAAGAAUUUAAUUCUAUCUAGGUUAUAUCUGAAUUUCUUUAAUUUAUUUUCGAAAUAAUUUGCUGCAAAAGGAAAGUAGCAUAAAAUUGUUUUAGCUGAAAUAUGCUAGAUGUUCUAAAAUGCAUCUAACGUCUUUAAUGCGUACUGUUUUGUAUAGAGGAUCUUUUCGAAUUGCAACAAAAUCGAUUAUGACAACACCAAGAAACCUUCAAGAAGUAGUGGAUGACUUAAAAGGUAAUCCCUACUAUGACAAGUAUGCUGAAAAAAUAGCAAAAUUACAUAAAGAAGACCCUAAUGAAUUUAAAGCCCGCAUUGAAAAAGCUAACCAAAAGACGAAGAAAUUUGAUCCUCCCAAACAACCAGAAAGGCAGUAUUCUCAAUUGUUGACACCAAAAUCAAAAUUAGCAGAACCAGAUCAAUUUAAACAAGAAUCGUUAGAGAAGAUUAUGAAAACAGAUUUAAUAAAGGAUAAAAGUGCGGAAGAAAUUAAGUCAAUUUGGGAAGAAUACCAUAAAGAAAAACAAUAUUGUAUAGCAGCCACUAUUCCUUCAAAAGACUUUACAAAACUAAAUGAAAAUUCCAAAAAGUAUCCAACUUUUCUAUUUGCCCUUCCUCGCAGCCAGGGCUAUGAGUUUAUUAUGUGUCAGUUUGCCCAAAACACUGUACAUUUCACACCUCUACUAUACUAUCAAGUUCAUAAAGAAAAUGCGCCUGAAUGUCUAAACAUCACCCAUUACGAUGAAUUUGAAGCUGACAAAGGAAUUGUGCUUAUGAGAGGAGAAUACGAUAAAAAUGUUAUAAAUGCACAGGAGGCGCAAUGUCUGGCAAAUCAACUACAAAUGUACUAUGUACAAGAAGAUUCAGAAAAGAAGAAGCUUCUCGAACAGUUCACCAAUGAGCCAGAUAAGUUUAAGCACAUAGAUCUUAUCAAACAGAUCGAGAAUUUGUCUAUAUCGUAACUUAUGAUCAAUUGUAAAGUUGUUUAACUGUAAAUAAAAUAAUUAUUAUGUGGUUUA